GCAAUCAGCAUUGGACAUCAUCUCAUUGCUCCUCCUCAGUCACCUUUAAAAUCUACAGGAAACAGGCGAACACACAUUCAUUUACCUGCUGCUAAUAACGAGUAAAGAUGUUCUGCAGACGGGCAUGGCAGAGAGUCGGGCCGCUGGCACGGAGGGCUUUCAAACCAACACCCAGAAACGUUCCAGUGCGACACAUGGCCUUUGGGGUUCCUGGAGGCUCCACCAACGUGGCGUACUUUGUUCUGUGUGGAGGAGGCCUCACUGCUGCAGUAGUCUAUGCCUACAAGACGGUCAACGGUGAUACUGAGCGUUAUGAGGACAGACUGGCUAACAUGGGCUCUGCAGCAAAGGCUCCAGAAGAAGCAGCUCCCGCACCAGAAGCAGCAGCACCAGAAGUGUCGGCACCCGAACCUGCCGCAGUGGAAGAGGCUGCACCAGCCACCGAAGUUGUUGCUGAGUCUGUCCCCGCCCCUGCAGAACCCGUAGCGGAGACCGCUGCUGAACCCGUCGCCGAGGCCGUGGCUGAAGAAGCCCCUGCUGUGGUUGCAGAGGUUGUCGUUGCUGAGGCCGCAGCUGAGCCCGCAGCUGAGCCCGCAGCAGAGGUUGCAGCUGAGCCCGCAGCAGAGGUUGCAGCUGAGCCCACAGUUGUAGAAGAAGCUGCUGCACCUGUAGCCGUGGAGGAGGCCCCUGAAGCAGCUCCUGCCCCAGCAGAAGAAGCUCCAGUAGAAGUCGCUGCCGCAGAGGCCCCUGCAACAGAGAGUGCUGGUACGGCAGCAGUAGAUGAAGCCCCCCCUGCUCCCCCUGCUGAGGCAGAGACUGGCUCCGCAGCCCCUGAGGCUGAAGCCGCCCCUGCUGCAGAGGUGGCUGCAUAAAGCUACCAUAGCUGGCUAGUUUGCCCAGAAAGGAGGGCUGGGAGUUAGUUGUGCUGUCUCACCUCUCUGGGCCCAGGAAAAGGACUCAUGAACCCUCUUGUUAGAAACUGAAAAAGGCACUUAGUUUCCUGUUCCAAUUGGUAAACGAGUAGUUUGGGGUUCAUCAGUCCGGUUUUCUGAAGCCUACGCUCCCUUCCCUCAUCCCAACCGCAAGCCCUAAACCAGAACAUUUGGCAUUAGGCUGCCUGUAAAUUCAGUUCAGAAUUCAGUUUCUUUAGGGAUUUUACAACCAGAGCGAAUCCAAAUCAUGGUUUGCUGCUGCACAUUAAAUAAGUUUGAACUAGUCAAUGAAAGGAGCAGCACCAAGUUGAUGAUUGAUAUUCUCUGUAAAUGAAGUGCCCUUAAAACAGCAAAGCUCUGCAUUUUCUCCCUUAUGUAAAAAUGUCAAUGGAGAAAUGAAUGCAGCCAAUUUGAUUGUUGACGAUGUUCAAUCUCGUCUCUUUUAACAUAAUUUGCACUUGGUCUUUCUCUGCUCAACAUUUGCUCACUUUCAGCUUAUACAGCAUGGCUCUUUCUAUCAUAGGUUAGGACUGUUGUACAAAAUGUUGAGAUAAAACAAUGUCCGUGUGCGUCAUUCAGUUUUAACUGUCAGUUUGAAGUUUGACCAAAAUCCUAGAGGCGUCUCCUUUCCUGACGGAGGAUCUUGUCUAGUUUCCCUGACGCUGUAUGUUUUUUGCACAUCUCCUCGCAGAGCCAGACAGUUUUUUUUUCUUUCCUUGCACCUCAAAGUACUUCUUUCCAUAACCACUUCAUGGCAUACACAGCAGUCUGCACCUACUUCAUCAAACUGGUCCUUGUUUCAUUAUUACAAUUAUGCAGCCAUGUUUAAUAUUUUAUUUGUGUUGAACUCACUUCUGGUUGAUCUUUACUUCUUUAAAUGUAAAACUUUACUCUUUCAGGGAACUUUCAUUCACCUCUGUCUUCAAAGUUGUCAAUAUGAUAAACAGUUAAGUGUUCAAAGAAUAAAACAUCACUGGAUCGAUAUGA